GUCCUCUCGUCUCUAUUUCGGCUGAAAUUGCAACCGUUGACAAUUGAUCAUAAUUAUUUCAUUUCACUCUCACGCACGGUGGCAAUUUUUCGGAUCCUAGUAGCAUCCGGCGGCGGGGAGGGCUGGUCCCCACGAGGUCAAUACCUAGCCCUUGGAACUUCGUCGUCCUUGUCCACCCACCCUUGUUAAAUACCUUCGUCGGCGCAGAGUAUCUCGCGUCUGGUUUGCGAUAUUGAGCUGAGCAUGAAACUCUGUUCAGUUUGCAGCAGAAUCGAUGUUAGAGCCCUGCUCCUCGCAGCUGAAGCUAAGACCGAAGGAAUUCCCCGGUUUUUCCAACACCUGCCAGAUCUACCUUCUCUAAAAGCAUCCGCAUCGAGAUGCGAUCCUUGUAAUUCAAUAUGGCGUUCCUACUGCUACAAUGCUGACCCAAGGCAUCUUACCACAGACGGCCUGAAAGCCGGCCCUGGGAUGGAACAGAUAUGGAUUGGAACUACUCCUUAUCAUCCUGCUCUUCACUCUCUUCCCUUCGUUGCAGCCUUUCAGUACACCAACGGUGGACAGCAGAGAACGCUCGCUCACUUCGAAGUUUGUGCUCACCGGGGGGCCGAGCCAGAGGACAACCGACAUUUACUGGCAGCUUCAAUUUUUCCGUAUUCAGGAUCCUCAGAAUGUCUUACCAUGUGUCGAAAAUGGCUUCGAGGGUGUUGCGAUAACCACAAAGCCUGCAAGAAAUCCUCCCCCGGGAGUAUACAACUCCCCACGAGAAUCAUCGAUGUGGAGUCAUCAGAUAUAAAUGGAACGCCACAGCCACGUCUUGUUGAUGGCGAGCAGCGCCAUGAAGCCUUCGCUGCGCUAUCUUAUUGCUGGGGCGGAGAGAGGAUAUUGACUUUGACUACCGAAACGGAAGAAAUCCUUCGUGCCGGCUUACCACUGGAACGGUUUCCGGCAACUUUACGAGACGCCAUUAUUGUCACCCAGAAUCUUCGUAUCCGAUAUCUCUGGAUUGAUGCUUUGUGUAUUCAGCAAGACUCCACUGAAGACUGGACGCGGGAAGCAGCUAAGAUGAGAGACGUCUAUAAAGGAGCCGUCGUCACUAUCGCUGCUGCUGCAUCUUCGAGAUCUAGUGACGGGAUCUUUAGGGAUCGCGCUCUCGAUUCAUGGGCUUGCACCGUUCCUUGGGUAAAUGGGCAGACACCUCCCCAAACCGUCAUCCUGCGCCCUGCACAGGAGAUUUACAGUGACCCCGCACGCACUAGUUUGAUGCAUACUCGGGGUUGGACUCUACAAGAGAGCCUAUUGGCACCACGUACUAUCUGGCUCGGAGCGCAUUUGAUCUCCUUCGAGUGUGCCAACGGCCAAGUAGAUGAAGCCGGCCGAUCGACAAUGUCCACCCAGAACUACCGAAGCAAGGCCCAUAUCCAAGCCAUGCGCGCGACAAUGGCUUUAAGGCUGAUUUACAAAGUGAACCGGAUGCUCAAUAUCCCACAUAUCUUCUCUCUUUAUUAUCCAUCACUUGAAAGGAUGAAAGAUAAUGGAUUGCAAAGUCUCCGAGAGUUUCCACGCUUCGGAUUGCAAAGCUUCCAGCAAAUCUUGACAGCUCGUCGUUUCUUCAGCCAAGGUCUCUUGAAGACUCCUGGGGGAAGCCUGUUUUCGUACUACGAUCUGUGGUGUGAGAUUGUCACGCAAUACUCCACGAGGGACCUGACGCAAUUGAGUGAUACACUCCCGGCACUCGCUGGCAUAGCGAACGAUUUCUACCAUGUGACAGGGGACACUUAUCUAGCUGGAAUGUGGAAAGGAGACCUAAUGAGGAGUUUAUGCUGGACGUCAAGAGAAUCCAACAACCGUAUGACUAAUAUAGCAGAAAUCGAAUAUUUAGCGCCUUCUUGGACGUGGGCAUCCCUGUUUGGACAUCCGAUUCUGUUCUACGGACAAAUGACAGAGACUACUGAAUUUAAACACCAAGCAAAAGUCCACACGAUCAAAGUCAAAACAGCGGGGCAAGAUCCAUUCGGGAAAGUCACAGACGGUCUUCUUGUCCUCACCGCACCCUUUCUCCCAAUUGAGGACCCACAGCAACCAGCCUUGCCCACCAGCAAGCACCCACAUCUAUUCGAACGAGCCCAGUACAUCGCGAAAGGCUCGGAGUUUCGACGAAAGCACAUCUCUCACCAAGGCCAGCGCUUCUGCUUGGUGCAGCUUUCAACUCACAAGAACUAUGUGUGGAAAGAGCAAUUUACUGCGAUCGUCCUACUGCUUGAAUCCACUGCUGAUGGUAAAUGGAGAAGAGUUGGGUACAUGAGUAUUCGGAUCUAUGUUUCCCCCUUGGCAGAUUAUGAACAAGAGGGAUUGAAGAUCGAAGAAAAGCGUGGGACUGAAUGGAAGACUGCCCCGUGGAUUAAGAGAAAGAUGAGCAUUGUGUGAGGCCCUAUAGUGCCUGCUGAAAGUUUAAACUUGCAAGAUACCCUUAUUUAUUUCACUCACCGCCCUUGGCUAAUGAUGUCUGUGGACAAGUCGGAGUUCCCAAGAAAUGCUAGCGCCAUCAUUUAUAUGAUCAAUCAACUUGCCGGACUUAUUCUUUAACACUUUAAAGCACAAAACAUUAUCUAAAUCCCUAUCCCAAAGGACUGAAUUCGGAUUUCACUGGACCCAUCAAAGUCAAACUGCUCGCUUUCGAUAUAAGGUUCUCAUAUAUCAGUUAUCCACGUGAUGAGUAGCUGUUGACUUUCCCGGCCUCGAACGAUGGAAGUCAGAGCAGAAGACAAGCUCCAAAAGACUUCCAUAUGGUCGAUAUCUAAACUAGUCA